GGUCAAAUGGCAUUCAAAGGAGUUCAAAAAUUGAAUCGUAUCCAGUCGGUGGUAUUCGAUGCCGCUUAUCACACAAACGAGAAUCUGUUAAUUUGUGCACCGACUGGAGCCGGAAAGACGAAUGUGGCUCUGCUCACUAUUGUGCACACACUGCGCCAGAACAUCGAAGAGGGCGUCAUUCAAAAGGACAAAUUUAAGAUAGUGUACGUUGCCCCAAUGAAAGCACUGGCAGCUGAAAUGGCAUCCAACUUCUCUCGUAAGCUGACAGCUCUGGGCGUCAACGUGAGGGAGCUGACUGGUGACAUGCAGCUCACCAAAACUGAGAUUCUACAAACGCAAAUGCUGGUCACCACACCUGAAAAAUGGGAUGUUGUCACUCGCAAAGGAAGUGGUGAUAUUGCCUUGACAAGCCUUGUUAAACUUCUUAUCAUUGAUGAGGUUCACCUUUUACAUGGAGACAGAGGACCUGUAGUUGAAGCUUUAGUUGCUAGAACCUUACGUCAGGUGGAAUCUUCACAGAGUAUGAUCCGCAUUGUUGGUCUGUCAGCCACGCUGCCCAACUAUUUGGACGUGGCCAGGUUUCUGAGGGUGAACCCUCACGUCGGCCUGUUCUUCUUCGACUCGCGAUUCCGUCCGGUGCCACUGGAGCAGACCUUCAUCGGCAUCAAACCCACCAAACCCCUUGCUCAGAUGAUGGAGAUGGACAACGUUUGCUAUGAAAAACUACAGGAAAUGGUAGUCAAGGGUCAUCAGGUGAUGGUGUUCGUGCACGCCCGAAACGCCACCUCGAGAACGGCCAACGUUCUGAGAGAGAUGGCUCAGCAGAAAGGCCACCUGCACAUGUUCCAGCCGGAAGAAGGGGGUCAGGCGGGUCUGGCGCGGAGAGCAUUGGCUAAAGCUCGCUCAAAACAGCUGUCCGAACUCUUCCAGGCUGGAUUCUCCAUUCAUCACGCUGGUCUAGCCAGAUCUGACAGGACCUUAGUCGAAAAAUACUUUGGAGAAGGCUUGAUUAAGGUGCUGGUAUGUACGUCGACUCUGGCUUGGGGUGUCAACUUACCUGCUCACGCAGUUAUUAUUCGGGGAACCGAGAUCUACGACGCGAAACACGGAUCAUUCGUCGAUCUGGGCAUUCUGGAUGUGCUGCAAAUAUUCGGAAGAGCCGGCCGGCCACAGUUCGACAAAUCCGGCCACGGAAUAAUCAUCACAUCCCACGACAAGUUGACUCACUACCUUUCCUUGCUCACCAACCAGUUUCCCAUUGAGAGCAACUUCAUCGCUUGCCUUGUUGACAAUUUGAAUGCUGAAGUAACUCUUGGAACAGUGUCAACCGUGGACGAAGCUGUUGAAUGGUUGAGCUACACCUACCUCUUCAUAAGAAUGCGUUUGAAUCCUCAUGUCUAUGGAAUGUUGCCGCACGAAGUUAUGGAGGAACCUCUUUUGGAACGAAAGCGACGUGAGCUGAUAAACACAGCUGCCACUGCUCUCGAUAAAGCCAAAAUGAUUCGCUACAACAAACGAACUGGAGAUUUGUCAGCAACAGAUCUUGGUCGAACUGCCAGCUACUUCUACAUAAAAAACGACACUAUAGAACUAUUCAAUGAGCAUAUUCUGAAUGAUCACAUGAGUGAAGCCGAUAUUCUGAAACUGAUAUCAAUGGCUCAGGAGUUUGAACAACUAAAAGUUAGGGACGACGAGCUGAGUGAGCUGGACACUCUGGCAGAAACGAACUGUGUGCUGACGGCCAGUGGUGGAAGCGAGAACCUGCAUGGAAAAGUCAACAUUCUGCUGCAAACCUUUCUGUCUAGAGGGAGAGUGCAAUCGUUUUCGCUCUUGUCCGAUCUGGCUUACAUCAACCAGAAUGCCGUACGUUUGGUGCGAGCCUUGUUCGACAUAAUGCUGCGGAAGAACAACUCAAUAAUGGCCGGUCGACUGCUCGAGUUCUGCCUGAUGUUCGAACACCAACAGUGGAAUUUCGAGUCGGAGAUGAGGCAAUUCAAAAUGCUUCCAAUUGAGAUUAUAUUCAAAAUGGAAGAGCGCAAUCUGGAUGUUGCCAGGUUGAGGGAAAUGGACUCGAAAGAAAUUGGUUCAAUGCUACACUUUGCUAAAAUGGGAGAAGUGGUGAAGAAAUGCGCGCAUGAGUUUCCUCUUUUGCAAAUGGAAGCCACUUUACAUCCGAUAACAAGGACUAUUUUGAAGAUCCGACUUUUUGUCUUAGCAGAUUUCAGGUGGAAUGACAGAGUGCACGGUAAAACAUCAGAACCCUUCUGGAUAUGGAUAGAAGAUCCCGACUCCAAUAUGAUCACUCACUCUGAAUACUUCUUGUUGACUAGAAAGCAGGUUGUGUCAAAAGAAGCGCAAGAAUUGGUGAUGACGGUGCCGUUGCAAGAGCCGCUUCCAGCUCAGUACAUUGUGAAGGCAACAUCGGACCGGUGGCUGGGGUCCUGCGUCACCAUUCCUCUCUCCUUCAAGCAUCUCAUUCUGCCUGACAGUCAUCCUCCGCACACGGAUCUAUUGGAACUACAGCCUCUGCCGGUGACCGCUCUCUGUGACACUCGCUUCGAGCUGCUCUAUCCUUUCUCUCACUUCAACCCGAUUCAAACGCAGAUCUUCCACUGUCUCUAUCACACCGACAACAAUGUCUUGCUUGGAGCACCGACCGGCUCUGGAAAGACUAUAGCCGCCGAAAUUGCCAUGUUCAGAGCUUUCAAACAGUAUCCAGGCUCAAAGGUGGUGUACAUUGCUCCUUUGAAAGCCCUAGUUCGGGAGAGAAUUGAAGAUUGGAGAGUGAAACUUGGUGUCAAGCUCAACAUGUCUGUGAUAGAAUUAACCGGUGACGUGACGCCUGACGCUCGUGCCAUCGCGUCGGCUGACGUGAUCGUGACGACACCGGAGAAGUGGGACGGCAUCUCUCGCAGCUGGCAGACGCGUGGCUAUGUGCGCGCCGUCUCACUCAUUGUCAUCGACGAGAUACACCUGCUCGGAGAGGAUAGAGGCCCUGUGCUAGAGGUAAUUGUGUCGCGGACCAACUUCAUAGCGUCGCACACCAGUCGAACUCUGCGAGUGGUCGGUCUGUCGACGGCCCUCGCCAAUGCUCGCGAUCUCGCCGAUUGGUUGGGCAUACAAGAGAUGGGGCUGUACAACUUCAGGCCGUCAGUGCGCCCAGUGCCGCUGGAAGUGCACAUCGCCGGCUUCCCGGGCAAACACUACUGUCCGCGCAUGGCCACCAUGAACCGACCCACCUUCCAGGCCAUCCGCCAGCACUCGCCCGCGCAGCCGGCCCUCGUUUUCGUGUCCUCUCGGCGGCAAACGCGCCUCACCGCCCUCGACCUCAUCGCCUUCCUCGCCGGCGAAGACAACCCCAAGCAGUGGAUGCACAUGAGCGAACAGGAGAUGGAUCAGAUCAUCGGCUCCAUCAACGAUCCCAACCUCAAACUCACACUAGCGUUUGGUAUCGGCAUGCACCACGCAGGCUUACAAGAGCGCGACAGGAAAACUGUCGAGGAACUGUUUGUGAACCAGAAGAUACAAGUCCUCAUCGCUACUGCCACCCUAGCCUGGGGCGUCAACUUCCCCGCGCAUCUAGUCGUCAUCAAAGGCACCGAGUACUUCGACGGAAAGGUCAAACGUUACGUAGACAUGCCCAUUACAGACAUCCUACAAAUGAUGGGACGUGCUGGGCGACCCCAGUUCGACAACCAAGGGAUGGCUGUAGUUCUUGUGCACGACGUGAAGAAGAAUUUCUACAAAAAGUUCCUCUACGAGCCCUUUCCAGUGGAAUCGAGUCUGCUCGCCGUGCUACCCGAUCAUCUGAAUGCGGAGAUAGUGGCCGGCUCCAUUCAGAAUCGCCAGCAAGCGCUUGAUUAUCUGACGUGGACGUAUUUCUUCAGGCGGUUGCUGAAGAAUCCCAGCUACUAUGGAUUGGAGACGUUGGAUGCGGCUGAUGUCAAUCAUUAUUUGUCGGGCUUGGUUGAGAAGUCGCUGAAAACGCUCGAGGAUGCGUUCUGUGUGACAUUCGAAGAGGAUGAGAGAGGAGUAUUGCCGACAUCGAUGGGGCGCAUUUCGUCAUACUACUACUUGUCGCACAUGACGAUGCUGCACUUGAGGAACAAUCUGAGUCCAACGCUGUCCUGGCAACAGCUGCUGGAUGUCAUGUGCAAAGUGCAUGAGUACAGUCAGCUGCCUGUCAGGCACAAUGAGGACAUCUUGAAUGGGAACCUGGCAAAAGAAUGUCCUCUGCCGGUCGACCAGUUGACUCUUGACUCGCCGCACACAAAGGCGUUCCUGCUGCUGCAGGCCUACUUCAGUCGUAUUCCAAUGCCUUGCACCGACUAUAACACUGAUCUCAAGUCGGUUCUCGAUCAAGCAAUACGUAUUCUUCAGGCGAUGAUAGACGUGAGCGCGGAACAAGGGUGGCUGGCGACAACACUGCGACUGCAGCAGCUGAUGCAAAGUGUAGUGCAGGGUCGCUGGCUGAAGGACUCCCCCCUCACCACGCUGCCCCACCUCAGCCCCGCCCUCAUGCGGCUGUUCAGGCGACACCGCAAGUGGGCCAUGCUGCCCGCACUCUUGCGCAUCCGCUACAAGGGCCUGGUCGCCAUCUUGUCGGCCCAGUUGACUGAGGCCGAGAUCGAGCAGAUCUACAAAGUGCUGCAAGACCUGCCCGACAUAAGAAUGUCGGUUGCGUUGAGAGGAAGCUGGAAAGAUGCUGGAAGUGAUGAAGAGGAAAAGGUUUUGGACAAGACUGAUCUAGCUUCGGGCGAGUGCGUGUUGUCGAGCAGAACUUCGCUGGUGGCUGGGCAAGAGUACACUCUCUGUGUCAAGUUCGCCAAGCUCAAUCCCUCCAAAGAGAGAAAAGCGCAUGCACCACGUUUUUCAAAGCCGACAGAGCCUGGCUGGUUCUUGACGUUGGGCAGCAUUGAACAAAAAGAGUUAAUCGCCAUGAAACGAGUUCCACCGAUUUCUUCCCGUUGUACGCAUCAGCUCACCUUUACUGCGCCACAAGUUCCAGGCAGAGCGCAGUUGGCUUUGUACCUGAUGUCUGAUACGUACCUAGGACUUGACCAACAGUACACACUGGACUUUGAUAUUUCAUGCUGAGAUCCUCAAAUAAGACUGAUGUAGAAGGCUCCCGUGAAGAAAAGUGUCAAUACUUUCCAUUAUUAUUAUUACUAUGCCUGGUAGACUUUCUUCGCUAGCCAACGCUGAAUAGUCUCCAAGAUAAAAUACAUCAGGCCAAAUGAAUAGGAAUUUUUGGUAUAGGGUUUAGGUUGUAAGAAAAAUGUGAUAACAGUCUUACAUAAUAUAACUAUUUUUAAAAAGA